AAUAACAUCUUAACCUCUUCCAAAUCUUUUGCAUUUGGAGAGGAAGCAAACCACUUAAAACAACGAUUUCUAUCGUGCAUCUCUGACUCUGUCUCAAUCUCACUAUCUCACUGCAAACAAGACCUAAAUACACUUAGUGUCUAAUAGGGAUAAAGCGGACAGCCUCAGUAAUGUGGAAGAAAAACAGCUCACAUCUUUUUUUCCUUAUCUCUGCAUCAGUAUCAUUCACAUCAAUCAACGCCUCCAUCAUCGGUCUAGCUCCUAACUUCCUUGGGUAACCCUUCUUAUAGGCGCUGGUUUGAUCAAUUCUAUGAGUCCCAUCAAUGGUCAUCAAUGGUAUAAGGCUGAUCCGAAAAAAUGUGCUAUUUUCCAGAAAAGAAAUAGCCUCUCACAUACACCGAGCUUUUCUCAAUAAGAAAUCUUGUUUCCACUGAUCCAUUGCAAACAGAAAUUUCAAUCAACGGAAAGCCAAUCCCAUGAGCCUCAGAGAUGUUAGAAAAUUUGGCACCUCAAUCAGAGCAAAAAUAGAAAACUCAAGCAACCAUAUCUAUGGGAGUGGCUUUCCUUUGAUUGAAACUUCUGUUUGCAAUGGAUCGAUGGAAACAAGAUUUCUUAUUGAGAAAAGCUCUGUGUAUGUGAUAGGCUAUUUCUUUUCUGGAAAAUGACACAUUUUCUCGGAUCACCCUUAUACCAUUGAUGGGACUCCUAAAAUUGAUCAAACCAGCGCCUAUAAGAAGGGUUACCCAAGGAAGUUGGGAGCUAGACCGAUGAUGGAGGCGUUGAUUGAUGUGAAUGAUACUGAUGCAGAUAUAAGGAAAAAAGGAUGUGAGCUGUUUUUCUUCCACAUUACUGAGGCUGUCCGCUUUAUCCCUAUUAGACACCAAGUGUAUUUAGGUCUUGUUUGCAGUGAGAUUGAGACAGAGUCGGAGCUGCCCGAUAAAAAUUGUUGCUUUAAGUGGUUUGCUUCCUCUCCAAAUGCAAACGAUUUGGAAGAGGUAUGGGCGUUAUACUCGGCGACUAGCAAUCACUAUUUUGAUAAAGAUGGGGAAUCGGAGUUGAUGAGAAGUUGCCGCAUUGGUGGGAUUGAUUCAUUGAGGAACAGUUUAGGACUUCUCAAGAAGGUUAAACUUGAGGAGUUGGGGCCUAAGGUUGCACAACUCAAGUUGUGAAGAGUGGCUACGGAGGCAGUACAUUCAAGGGUUGCUCGGUGGAGAGCACAAAGAAGGGAUUGUUGGAAGUUGUGAGAAGUCGGAGGGGUGCGCGCUAGCGGAUGUCAAGCUUUCAAAAUGUCAAGAUUUCAAAAUUUAGUUCUAAUUGAUUUAGUUGAAUUGAACUUGUAAUCAACAUCUCUAAGUUUUUAGUUGUUACUUCUUAUCUGUACUCUUGGAUUAAUUCUGAUGGGCUAAGAUGAAUUGAGGAUGAAGGUUCUAGUUUUUUGCUUGACUUGAUGAUUAGAAAACUUUGUGAUGAGGCAAGGUAUUUUGAUUAUAGAGUUUAAUCAAAAUUGUAGGGGCAUUCAGCACAGUCGAAGGCAGAUACACUUGUGAAAAGAAGGUCAAGAAGAGCAAGUUCAUUGCCAUCAUUGGCCAUGCAUGCGACCAACUCCAGGCAGAAUCCUUCCUUUUGGAGGUAAGCGAUCCUCGUGCAAUACAUAAUUGUUGGGUUUACAAGGUUGAAGAUCAGUACUGACGUAAUGAUGAUGGUGAACCAUAAUCUGCAAUUUUUUCUUCAGGAUUGGAUAGAGUCAUUGUUUUUUUUUCAAACCAGAUAUUUUGGAGGAAUUAAACUUGGAACUAGAGGAUUAGUAAGAGCUUAUGGGGGAAUUUCCAUGUAAUUCUUGAGAAAUUCAUCUAAGGUUCCUAUGGGCAUAGAGGUUCCUUUUGAUCUUUUAAGGGCUCUGUACCACCAGCUACAAAGUUUUUAAGUUGAGGAUAUUAAACAAGAUUAUGAUACAGGGGAAACCUGGUGCGGCUAUGGUCACAUUCAAAGUUGAUUUUGAUUGCAUGCAAAGUUUAGAGGAGGCUAUCAAAACCAAUUGCAGUUGAGAUAUUGCAUUUUUCAAGCGUUGAAUUAUUCUCACCAGCUCCUCCUUUAGGACAACCCUCCGAGCAACACAAAGAGUCAAUGCCAUGAGUUCAUGGCCCUAGUUUUCGUUUCUAAGAUUCCAAUACUAUAUGCAUAUAUGCAAUGUGGUCUCUUUUGUUUUGGCAUAUUCACCUCAGAUUGGACUAGAACAAGAGUUGAUGACUAAAAACAUAAAAGGUAACUUGGUGCACAAUAUGAGGGGAAUAUGGCACUUGUGAAAUACCUUAUGUUAGUAUAAGUGACAGUGCCCGUUGUACGUGGAAAGGCGUGUAACAUUCAAAUGUUUCCAAAUAGAUGCAACGGUUCACGUAAAAUUGUAGUAGAAGCCAUGAUUUUAUGUAU